AUAUCACGAUAGAUCGGACGGUGGGGCGUGGAGUUACUAGAAGCUUCUCUUCGGAAGCUCCCGAAGAUAAGUAGGAGGAGAGAGCGUGUCUUCCUCGUGGCGGUGUGUGCUCCGAGCUAGGGAUUUACGAGGUGAUCGAGAUCGGACGGUCGAGAGAGAUGGGGAAGUCGUACCCGACAGUGAGCGAGGAGUACCGGAAGGCGGUCGAGAAGUGCCGCCGGAAGCUUCGUGGGUUCAUCGCGGAGAAGAACUGCGCGCCUCUGAUGCUCCGCCUGGCGUGGCACUCGGCGGGGACGUACGAUGUGAGCACAAAGACGGGUGGUCCGUUCGGGACCAUGAGAUACAAGGCGGAGCAGGGUCACGAGGCGAACAAUGGGCUUGAGAUCGCCGUCCGAUUGCUGGAGCCGAUCAAGGAGCAAUUCCCCAUUCUCUCCUAUGGGGAUUUCUAUCAGCUGGCUGGAGUUGUGGCCGUGGAGAUCACUGGUGGGCCGGAGGUUCCUUUCCAUCCUGGUCGGGAGGACAAGCCUGAACCCCCCAAGGAAGGCCGUCUGCCUGAUGCUACCAAAGGUUGUGACCACCUGAGAGAUGUAUUUGUUGCUCAUAUGGGCUUGACUGAUAAGGACAUCGUUGCUCUGUCCGGUGGGCACACACUGGGACGGUGCCACAAGGAUCGCUCCGGUUUUGAAGGGGCUUGGACAUCGAAUCCGCUUAUCUUUGAUAACUCUUACUUCAAGGAGCUUCUGACUGGUGAGAAGGAAGACCUACUCCAGCUUCCAUCCGACAAAGCCCUUCUGACCGACCCGGCUUUCCGCCCUCUUGUGGAAAAAUAUGCUGCGGAUGAGGAUGCUUUCUUUGCCGACUAUGCUGAAGCCCACAUGAAGCUUUCUGAACUGGGGUUUGCCGAUGCUUGAAGGAUGGUUAAAUCGAAGCACAAGCAUCUUUCCUUUCAUUUUGUGGGGCAUUUAGAAUGUCAUUUUGCAAGCAUAAACAGACUGAUGGAAAACAUCUUUGUAAUAAGACCCCCGUGGUUUUAGGCCAAAUUUUGUCUUGUCGAUCAGUGGUCGUUAAUAGUUUUAUUUUGUGGUGCACUGGCUUCUACUUAGCAAGCUUGAAUUGCAGACUGCAUGAAUGAACGUGUUUGUUUUCUUGGGCGUUGUUACA